AUGUAUUCAGCCACGGCUUGGCGACGUUCAUGCAAAUCGAUUUUCAUCAUGACUGCAGUGGAAUGUGACUCCUUUCAAAAAUCUUCACAACUGGAGCCGUGCGAUUACGCUGUCAAAUUGGCAGGACUGGCAUACCUUCGAGCGAAGAAACGCAAAGAUGUAUCGUUCGUUAUUCACAUAAUCACAAGAGAAACGGAAGUCAAGAACUUUGUCGUAAUGCACUUACACUGGCUGUACAAGGAACACAUUCGCCAAAUGACUUAUCUGGUGGCAUUAAUAGAUUCAGAAGACCAGAUACAACGGAGCGAAGGCUCUUCUGGAGGGGGAAAUCAAAAAUGUCUUCAAGAUUAUGGCGUAAUUUUUAAAGAAAUUGUUGAAGAUUUGAAGGUAAAACAGGUGAAAAUCGGCGACCGUUUAAUUUUAACAAAGAAAGAUGAUUUCAGCGUGGUACUCUUCUGCGGUCAAGCUGAGGUUACUGAGCUGGAUUCCAUCGUUCAGCAUGCUUUCAGGAUGGUGAAUAAGGACCCAUUUCCCAAGCCUGAAAUAUUUUUAUUUGUAUAUUUUGAGACGGUAAAAGAAAUGUGCCAGCAAGAGUUUGGAUUGAUGGAUAAUGCAAAACUUAUAGAACAAGUAGUAGCAAAUUCAAUUUUAAAGGACUUCAGAUUUCGUAGUAUAGAUUUCUGGAGUAAUUAUUAUGAAGAACUAGAAAGUCGUCUAAACAGAAUAGCUAUAAUGUAUAUAAUAAUUCCUGGCGUACGUCCUGAUUUAAGAUGUUGCAAAGUUAUAAACGCCAUGUACUCACUUUACGGUUUAAAGUUCGUAGUUUUGACUGAAGAACAUAUAGCGACCUAUCCGAUGUCGUGGCUUUCACUGGUAUUCGCGGACUUCUGUGAGGCCUUAGUAAUGAACGUAGACAAUAUUGCCCACCCAGAAUCCUUCCUGGAGCAGAUAGGAACUUCCAAACUGAAGAACAUUGUAGCGGUGUCUAGUGCAGAAAACCCUCGGCUGCGACGAGCCCUCCUGUCUCUCGGUCGCACCUACAAGCAGUGGACUGACGUAUGGUCGCUGGAAGACGUGGACGACCUUAUCCAGGAGCUGCUGAUGUUCGUGGAGAUUUCCUUUCAAGGACGCGUGGUGACUUUGAGUCAGCUGGAGACGACGUGGCCUUGGGUGCGAGCGAGCGUGUCUCCUCCGAUGCUAGACCGGCUGGUGACGCAGGAGACGGUGACGAUCGGGGUAGAGCCGCCCCCGCACGAAAUUGCAGGUGUACGAGAUCGCCGAACGUUUCGCCACAAAACCAUCCUGAAGCCCGAAGUGCUCCAAAUGGACAGCGAAAAAGACGUAAUAAUGAUCACAGGGGUUCCGAAGAAAACUUUCAAUCAGUUUUUUAAUCCUUCAAAACAGGCAGAGCAAGAAAGUGAUUGGAUGAUUGCCGAAUCUUCGUUACCAACUAGACCACGUUUCACGCGGAAAGAGGAUUCUGCAACUACAUCCAACAGCAAGGCCAUCGCUGCGGUAUAUGUCUCCAAAGGAGUGGAUAUUGGCUACGACAAGCGAUACAACGGUGAAAGAGAAUUUUUGAAACCACCCGCUCCAAAAAUGUACAAAAAUGUUUUCGUGGUUUCGUACGCUGAGACGAUGGCUUUGACCACAUUUGGAUCUGCUUAUGUAAAAUUCAAAGGUCUGCAAGACGACAAUCCGGAUAAAAAUGUUCACUGGAUCUCGUACGAGUCUGGCCACUUGGUGUGGAUAAAAACACACGGAUCGGAAGAAAACCUCGUGAAAUACAUUGAUAGAUUAGGAAGUGAAUGUAGCGAAAUGCCGGUAUGUGUUCAUAAUGAUGACAACAAUCACUUCUCCGUGUGGAAGACAAAAAUUAUUCAAGUCGUUGGGGAUUCUGGAAUGGGCAAAACAACAUUGCUCAAGAAAACGUACUAUUCGCUUUUUAAUGAACUGACGUUACACUGGGUCAUAUACGUAAAUUUUUCCGAUCAAAAGCAAUGGUUGGAACAAAUAUCUGCUGAUGAAAUUACAAUUUGUGAAGUUGUCGAAUUCUUGUUGAUGGUGGCAAAAUGCGACUCGUCGAAGUUCAUAUCAUUUAGCCGCGAUUUCCUUUUCCAUAGCAUUGAGAAAUCUGGAAAAUGCGUCUUGUUUUUUGAUGGUCUGGAAAGACUUGAGAAAAAGACGAAAGAAGCGGCUAUUUGCCUAAUGAAAAAGGUUUCUGAAACCAAAGUUGAACAAAUGUGGGUGGGCACUACAGGACGUGAUAGUAUUCGUAUCAAAGAAGUGCUAAAAGCUCCACCAAUUGAAUUGAUGUAUGUUCAAGAAAAGGACCAAAUGAAUUACAUUCGUUUUUACUGGAAUCAAGAGAACAACUUUCCUGUAACGCACCAAAACUAUAACUCCCUCGUGAAAUUAGCCGUUGAUGUGGCUCCAAAGUUGAACGGCAUAUCUAUGCUAAGUGUACCUUUACACCUGUGUCUCUUUGCAGAGUCCGAAUUACCAGAAGACGACGAAAACGAAGCACUUUUAGAUGCAGUGUUUUUUUCCUUAAGUAUUGAAUUACCUGAUAGCUCUAUUUUCAUGUUGUACAGAAAAUACAUAAAGACACGUUUGUCUUCCCUUCAACUGAAGGGAGAACCAGCAGAUAGUGACAGUGGUUUAGGAAUAAGAGAGUUGGAAGAUAUAUUCUUCUCUGAGGAUUUCGUUCCAAAAGAAUACCCUGCUUAUAGUGAUUCUGCUAACUUGAGGGUGAAGGAGCUUGAAAAUAUCUUGCACUCUACGGCUAUCGUAAUUAAACCAGCAGAAAGUGAUACCACUGAUGUAGGGAUAAAGGAGUUGGAAGACGACAUGCAUUCAACGGCUAUUGUUCCUAAAGAACAAUCGGCAGAAACUUUAAGUAUAAAGAAGUUGGAAGACAGCAGUUCCUCCACUUCCAUUGUUUCCAGUUCACUUUCUGAUCAAACAAAAGCGCACCAGUUGGGCGACAGCAUCAUCGAGAAAGCCAAUGAGUUCGUGGACAUCGUCGCGAGGCAAAGUAACCGCAUGUUGCACGAGAGUUUCACCGAUUAUCUCGCAGCGAAUUGCUUCGCGGUGUACCACAAAAUUCUAGGGCCGAGCUAUCUGAAGGAGAAGGUUCUGCCAUCGGACAACGCCACUUUGCUGUACUUCUUCAACGCGGUGUUUUGCGUGGGGCUGCCUCUUCACGACAUCGCCUUGAGCGGAGCGGACGUCGACGUGGCAAAGCUGGUGGACAACGGCUGCCGAGUGGACGAGCUGGACCUGGGGGGCAGGGCGGCCUUGCACCUAGCUGCGCUGUACGAUCGUGCUGGAGCCGACGUGACCAUUCGCGACUCCGUAUUGGAAUGGACUCCUCUGCAGUAUGCAAGUUUCUCGAACAGUUUGGAGAUCGUGGAGCUGUUGUUGGGACGCGGUGCCGAUUCCGCCGAUCUCACCGACCUGUUGGAGCGCGCGAGGGCAGAGAACGUGGAAAUCGACGAGAAGAGGCGCGCCAUUUUGGACAGGCUCCGCGCGACGCGGCCGCUCGCGCAGCCCAAAUUCUUCGCAGUUUCCCCCCAACUCUUGGAUCCGACUCUUCUAGGACUAACGGAGGAGUUGGUCAACAACUCGAACGAUUGCUUCAACGACGCCCCGUAUAUUUGCACGCUCGACUUAUCGAAACCUCCCGUGUUGCCUUUGCCGCGAGCUGUUUACAAAGGGCUUAAGAAUCUUGCGAAAAUUUUGGUGGAAAACGGUGUCGGCGAUCCGGGUCUGUUCAGCGUGUCCGCGUUGCAUCUAGCGGCGUAUUACGGCCGCAAAGAUAUAAUGAGGAUGCUUCUGUUUCAUGGGAUGUAUUGUGACCUGUGUAAGCACGACGGCCGAACGCCGUUGCACGUCGCUUGCCAGAAAGGGGAUGUGGAGGUGGGAAAAGUGCUGCUAAAGCGAGGCGCCGCGGUGAACGCGAGAGACGUGGGCUGGCGAACUCCCACGAUGCUUGCGGCAGAGGCCGGGUCGGAUUUGAUGUUACAAGAACUGCUUCGGAAGGAUCCGGAAACCGUCCACGUUCGCGAUCAGCUGGGGCGCUCGGCGUUGUAUUACGCCGCUAAAGAGAAUCACAGUAAAUGUGUGAAAACGCUCUUGGAUGCGGGAGCGAGUGUGUACGUGACUGACAAGUUCGAGACUUCUGCUAUGCAAGCGGCAAUUGCGAGGGGGCAUUUCGAUACCGUUUGCGUGAUGUAUCCGUUCGCUGAUCCCACCGAAUUGCGUGAUAUACGCAGAAGCACUCCCUUGCAUCACGCCGUUGCUUAUGAUAAUCUGGAUAUUGUCGUGGGUUUGUUAGUAAGACGCCAUCCUGUUAAUCUAGCAGAUAGAGAUGGUGUGACACCCUUGCACAUUGCAGCAAAAAGGGCAAAUCUGAAAAUCUUUGGCAUGUUGUUAAGUCGGGGAGCUGAUCCAAACCUUACGGACUCUAAUAACUUGAACUGUUUGCAUUACGCGGCAUUAGGAGGCAAUGAAGCAAUAGUAAAGAAGUUGUUGAGAGUAAGCGCGCAAGGCGAUCUGGAAAAAAACUUAAAAAUGUGUGUUAUUAUAUCUGCAAUUUGUGGCCACGUACUAGUUUUGAAAGCUCUGCUGGAGGGCGGAGCAGUGGUGGACCCAAAAAAUCCUUCUGACUGUCAAUUGCUUAACUUAGCAAACACUUCGAAAAACCCGGAAAUGACCAGAACGUUACUUGAAAUGGGAUUAAAUCCGAACCUAUCGCAUUCAUCUUCUGAACUCCCAGCCCUUCAUUUGGCGAUUAUCGACGGCGCUGUUGAAAUUGUUGCAGUGCUAUUGGAAAACGGUGCUGACGUAAACGCCACAUUAUCGAAUGGUACGUCUCCGUUACACACUGCUGUUAAGGGUGAUAACGUGAAGCUCAUUGAAUUGUUACUGUCUCACGGCGCUAAUCCUAAUAUUUUAGACAAUAAUUUCCAAACGCCGACGUACAUAGCAGCAGAGAGAGGCAAUGUGGAAGCUCUCGAUAUAAUUCUAGCCGCACAUGGUCUCGUUGAGAAUACAAAAGAACAUCUGCUUACAGCCUUACACUUUGCUACGAAGAGAAAUAGAAUUGACGUAAUAGAUUUUCUUUUGAGCAAAGGUGCAAAUGUGAAUACUUUCGAUAAAAAUGGAUUACCUCUUCUGAACUUCGCCUGCUUAUCAAGGUCAAACUUCGACACAAUUCUGCAUCUCAUUUCUAAAGGAGCAGAUUCGACGUUUUUGGAUUCAGUCAAUAGAAAUGCACUUCACCAUGCAGCAAUGAGUGGUAAAUCCUCAGUUGUGAAGUUACUUGUAACGUUGGGUCUAGACAUUAAUUCACCUGACUCAAUGAAUUGUACUCCUUUACACAUCGCAGCUUUCAUGGGUGUCAGUUCUAGUGUAAAGAUUUUACUUGAAAAUGGUGCCGAUAUAAACCUCAGAGACAUCAGAGGCCGUGUUCCUCUAGAUGAAGCAUUCAUAGCUAAAAAGAAAGAUAUCGUAUACAUGUUUCUGAAAUUUGGAGCAAACCUUUAUUCAGUUCUCUUCAGCGAGUUGGGCAAGACGAUACGCCAAGCAUUUACGGAUUUCAGCCAUCCUAUCUUUCAGUGGAACGAAAUUAUUGAAUUUGCUUCAAAACUGCCUGAGCGAACUCUUCGUUCCAAAUAUUUAACACUAGUCUCUCCAAAGCGAUGUCUUCCUGGUUCUCGGAAAGCAAAAACAUACAAAAUCACCCAAGUGGCACAGUUGCUUCCUGAAGAGUAUUUAGGCCCAAUUGAGCAUCUCACAUACUACGUGGAUAGUGGUAAAAUCAAUCCCGCUCUGUUAAAAAACAAAAAACUACAGAACCCUCUGCUUCAUGAGAGACAGAAAACGCCAAUAAUGAAAGCUUUAGGCCCGUCUACGUGCACGUCUACAGGUUCUACGCCGAGACGAACUCCUCCAGUGAUCACUCCGAGGGCGAUUCUCGCAAAUGGUACUCCCACCAUCACUCCACCGCCGAUCUCUCCAAGGAAACUGGUGAAGGGUAUAACCCCGGAAAUCAAACCCAAACCCGCUCCACGGAAUCUCCAAAAACUGGAAGCUUCCCCAGGAAAACCUACAACGGCUUCUCAUGGCGCAUCGGGUUCACCAAAGGCCGCUGACACGUCAAUGAAAUCGACUUCGACUAGGUCUCCCUCGUUUGAUCGAGCUAUUUUAUCACCAGUGAUCGCUUCCUCGUCCAAUACGUAUGAAAAACCCUCAAAGCGAUCCAAAUCGCUCAAGAAAAAACGAGGUACGCAGACUGAGUCAUCAGAGGGUUCUUCGGCAAAGAUGCCAAUGCCAACAAGUGUAGAUGCGAAUGAGAAUGAGGUAAAGGGUGUUAAAAUGUUUUCUGUUGAAAAUUACGUGAAGUCUAAUGUUUCAAUGCUUAUGAUAAGGAAAAGCUCACCGAAAUGUAGAGAACAGGUAAAGGAUUCUAAUGAAUCUGUUACAAGAUCAGAGAUGACGUGUAAAGAUGCAACAAAGCUGAAACCAUCUAAAAUUGCCAAUGGAAUUGACAAAGAAACGUCAAGUGCUUCAAAGGGCGAUACAAAAAAGGACUCGCAGAAUUCAACUUCAAAAGCAUUUCAAGGAAAGACUGUGAAAGUAUCACCUGCAGUAAUGUCAAAAUCUUCGCUUGCGAAAAUCUGUUCGGAUCAAUCAGCGAAAAAUGUGUUGGAAGUUUCUAAAGAUAUAUCAAAGGAUUCUAUGACAUUAACGUUGAGUGAGUCAACUAUGAAAUCAACUUUGGGCGAGUCUUCCGGGCUCGAGCAAGCUAUUUAUCCAUCAGUAACCGCUCCCUCACCCAACACGUCGCAAAAACUCUCAAAGCAAUCCAAGUCGCACAAAAAGAAACGAGGUGAGCAGACUGAAUCUACAUCAAUUAGUCCUUCUCAGAAGGCUUCAGUGGAAACACGGGAAGGUACAAAUGCAAGUAAGAUAAAGGGAGUUAUUUAUUUGUCAAAAUCGAGUGAAUCUAUUACAAAAUCAAAAAUGACAUCAAAAAAUGAAUCCAAGCUAAACGGUUCUAAAAUGACCGAUAGAAUACCGAUUGCCAAAGGAACCUCAAAUAAUUUAAAGGAAGUUACAGAAAUGAACGAAUUGUAUUCACCUUCAAGAGCAUACCAAGAUAAUGUUGAGAAUAUAACACAUGGAAUGACGCCGCAAUCUUCACAUGCGAUUGUCGGUUCAAAGACGGGAAAAAAUAUUUUGCAAGAUUCUGAAACACGUAUUGGCAUGGCAGAAUCAUUUAAAAUCGCACCAACAAUGUUGCCUGAUGAUGUAUUGCAUGAAUUACAAACCAAAUGUGCAGAAAAAUUUGCCUCUCUCGAAGUAUCCGAUGAUUAUAUGCCAGAAGCUUCGCAGAUGUCAUCGAGGGAAAUGGCGGAGAUUAUAACAAAUUAUUAUAAGGAGGGCCCUUCGCCAGAAAAACAAUCUUCACCAAAAACUCCAACCAAGAAAAACAAGCGGAAAAACCGCAAGGCAGCAUCGUCUAAACAUGUCGCUGUGUGGGAUUCUCCUGAAAAACCGUCGAAAUCCGCCUUUGCGCAGGAUCCUAUUACUGAACCAAAUGAGACCAUGAUAAAGGACUUGGCCGAACUUACUAUGGGUGUCACGGAAUCUUCAAAUGUCCACAUGCCGAUUUUACCAUGUGCAUCUAGAAUGAAAUCGCCAAAACUCGAGGCCAAGUGGGGAAAGUCAGAAAUUACGACGUCAAGGACUACUCAUGAAUGUGAUUAUAUGACAGAACCAUUUACAAGCGUGACGGAAGUUUUUCCCGAGAAAAUCUCAGACCUAGGCGCAGAGGGAAAGUUAUCAACAAAAGCCGAGAUUGAAACAUCUGUUGUAGAAUCAACUGAAGUCACGCUCCCUGAUUUGCAAAACGAACCUCCAAAAGUUUCACCCCUGGGUAUUGAGAAUCUAACACUCCAAAAAUGUGACUCUACUUUUCAAGCAUCAAUUGAAAAUCCUCUAUACGACUCGUCAAUGGAUGAUAGAAUGGAUGUUGCGAUGACCUUAAUUGCGUUAUCCUCAUCCCAUCAAAACAUUGAUUCAAGUAAAUCUGUUGUCGCAUUGGAGACGGAUACUACAACAAUGAAGUUUCAAAAAGUAUAUCUGGAAGAUUCUAAUGAGCUUCCAUCACCAGUAACUUCUGUCGUAUGUAGGCUCAAUGAUCAUUCUAUAGACAGUAGACCCCUUAAUACGACAGAAACAUUCACAAGCGUUGCGGAAAUUUCUGUUGGAAAAUACCCUAUGACAAAUUAUAAAAAAGCGCCGCCGAAAAAUGUAGAAAUGCAGGGUCCUCAGACACAUUUAAUGAAUUUACAAACGGAAACAGAUGAUUUCAUAGAGCAGACUCCACCAAACGUAUCUAUCACUAACGUUGGGCUGGAGGAUGUGGAAUUGUCGGCCAAAGUUUGUGGUACUCCAUCUGAGAAACGGGAGAAUUCGGACUUGUUAACGCAGAAAGUAUCCAAGGAAACAUCACAGCAUGUGUUUCUGAAGGAGAUUUCUAGUUCUUCCGCCGUGAGUGAGAAUCAUACCACGAAAAGUAAACUCUUCAAAGAACUGAGUUUGGUGCAAAGAAUGACGCCACAAAUGUGGAGUAUAAUUUCGUCACAUGGGUCAGACGAAGGGGAAUCACAAGGGGCUCACGAGACUGAAACGUCAGAAGAUGCACCGAAAGGUAGCGAAGAGAGGCCUUCACAAAGAUCACACGCCAAUGGACUUCGAACAUCGUCUUCCGAAUUGAUAUCAACCUCCCAUGAGAAGACUGAAAUUCCACCCAAAACUUCUCAGCAGCCUGUUGAUCAAAUGGCCACUCCUAGAAUGCCUUCUACUUUUGUCUCGCCGUGUGAUUCUACUGCUUCAGUGCCUUCGCCAAUUGACACUUCUUUGAGGGUGCGUCGAUAUGUUUCGGAGAAGAGUCCAUCCUUUCAGAGUCAAAAAGCAUUUAACGAUUUCUCGAUGAAAUCUAAACGAGAGUCGACACAGAAGGUUGUGUCCUCAGGUGCGUCACCUAAUGCGCUCAGUGACGCACCUUUGCCCCUUCCCCAUGAGAGACAGUCGCCUUGUAGUGCGGCUAAGGGCUCUUCGAUGGAGACAGCCGAAGGGGAAGGAAGGCCUCCUGAAGAGCUCCAACCUAGAGGUUCGGCCGUAGCCCACCGCAGGAAAGAAAAUCUUGAUAAGCAGCGCAGACGAAGGUAGUUGUUCUGACUUAAAACAUGAGAUCGCGUUUUGCAACUUUAUUCACGCUCGUACAAAUAUUUUAAUCCUUUUGAAUUGAUCAUAUUUUAUUCUAAGUAAUGCUAGUUAUACAGAGUUGGUAAAUUAUGUAAACGGUGUAAUGUUCUUUUAAUUUUUAAGUUUUAUGAACUUUGCAGUUCUCAGCCUUAACUUCACGGGUGAGAAAUGUUACCAAUUAAAUAGUUUUUAAAUUUUAUAAAAUUUUGUAUUUUGUAAUAUUUGUAAGUGAAAAUUUGUAUGAACAUGAACAUAUUGUAAUGAAAGAUUACCAUUGCUACGGCUAAGACAUAUAUUUUUAAAUUUCUGGUACGUCCAAUUUUUUAUGAGGUUUGUUCGUUGAUUUGUUUUUAUUAUAAAUAUGAAUAGUAUUUUUGAAGAACAUUUAUGAAAGGUUUUAAUAUUUGUUUAAUGCCAAAAAUCAAUUGUAAUGUGAUUAAUUCAAAAUUCAGUAAUUCACAACUAAGUAUUGUAAAUACAAAGAUUUGUGUACUUCUCGAUAUGGAAUAAACAGAAUAUUUUGUUACAUCAAAUACCUGCUUGUAUCAAUUAUUUGUAAUUUCAAGGACAACAAAAAAUUGUGGUUAAAUAUAAUGCAAAUUAAUGAACAAAACCAUUCACACAUUUAGAAAGUUUAUUCAUCAGUAGUAUUGUAGUAUUUGUGUGUAUCUUUUAUAUUUUUAUUUCAUAUACUGUUAAAGAAAUGAAAUAGGACUGUCAAUGGUCAGUAUUAUCUAUAGAUACUAUAUUCAAUUUUUUAAUUUUAGAUAAAUUUGUAUUUUGAAUUUUUUAAUAUACAUUUUUAAUAUGUAUGACAUUAAAAACACUUUAUGUAAUCUUAAUAAUUGAUAUAAAAGAUCUGAAACGUAUAAAGCUUGAACAAUUUGUAUGAAGUCUUUUAUUGAAAGAGGACAGAUAACCACAUACAGUUUUUUAAAAUUUGGAUGUGUGUUUUACCAUGACAUUUAGUUUGAUGAUGAGAAGGUUGUUCAUGUGCCAGUUGAUGCAUAAACAAAAUUGUAAUUGGCUUACUACAAAAUGAUUUUAAACUUGUGAAGAAUGCUUAGCCAAAUAUAUAAGUUUCAAUUUCCUUUUCCAUUCAUUUUUAUGAUAAGCCUAUAACUACAUUUAUAAUAUGUUUUAUUGGAAUAUUCCUUAGUUACUAAAAAUAAGACGGGAAAUUAAAUCCUUAAAUAUGUGAAAUGUGCUCAUUUUUCCUAUAUUACCCUUGAUUUCAAUUUGUAUUUGUUCAAUGAUAAUCUCUUUUUGUUUGAAAAAUAGAUUGUUACUUCAAAAUUUACUUAAUUUUAACAUUGGAUAUUGAUUAGAUUCAAAUGACUCUAUGUAUUCUUCUAUAUUAACAAAAUUACUCUUAAUUUACUUUUAAAGUAUAGGUUGUUUCAGCAUUUGUACUAGUAACUUAAAUAUAUUGAAAUGCCAGUAAACUGUCAAAAUUGAAAGAGAAUUUCUAUACUUAAAUAGUUGUGCUCAAUUUUCAAAGAAUAUUUCAAUAUAAAAAAUUCUACUUUUUGAAAAAAAAAUUGUACAGAGUUAAUGUGAACCCUUUUGAACAAAAAAAGUUUCCUUUCAUUAUUGAUUCAGUAUUUUAGGAUAUUUGCUACUUGUUUAUUGGACUAUUUGUAAAAAAUGUUUUCUUGAAAGAGUAGUGUUUAAAAUUAUUUU